UUUUCCUGGGGAGCUGAAAGCCGGAGUUCUAGGGACUUAACUGCUUUUCCCAGACUAAUCUCCUUACAAGACCCGUUAAGCAGGCGAGAGACCGUGGAAACUGGAUGAACAGGGCGGUGGGGGCAGGGAGAAAGGGAGUGGCAGUGUCCCCGCGGUCUGCUGGGAUCGGCGGGUUCAGGGUGACGAUGGGGCUGGAGGGGCUGGAGCGGCUGAGCAGUCCGAGGUCGCGGUCCGCCACUUCGGUGCGGAAUCCGAGCCUGACAUGCUGAGCACUCUCCCCCCUCCCCCUUUCCUUCUGCUUCCUUUUCCCUCCCCCUGGAGCAGCAGCGGCAGCAGUGGCAGCAGAAAGCCCAGCCGGACUGAGCGGCUCUGAGGCGAGCGGAGGAGCUGGGAUAUGGGGAGUCAGCGAGGGCGGCGGGGCCAGGAGCCCCCGGAAGGGCCUACGACGGGAGCGGCCCCCAGCGUUUGCUAGCGCGUGAGCCAUGGGGGAGCGGGCGCAGGGUGGCACGAGCGGAGGCGCAGGCGGGGCCCGGGCGUGGAGCACGGCUGGGGAAUCUGCUGCCGCCUGCCCUGCCCGGCUGCCUCCGCCGCGGCCGAUGGCUAUGGAGCAGGCGGGCACCAGACCUGGGGCGACAGAGCAUCCACGACUCCAGCGGCCCCUGUUUUGGCUGCUGCUACUGCCUCUCCUGCUGCUGCUGCCGGGCCCAGCGGCCUCCCAGCUGCGAUACUCGGUGCCGGAGGAGCAGGCACCGGGCGCGCUCGUGGGCAACGUGGCUAGCGCGCUGGGGCUCGAGCUGCGGCGCCUGGGGCCGGGCUGCCUGCGCAUCAACCAUCUGGGUGCGCCCAGCCCGCGCUACCUGGAGCUGGACCUCACAAGUGGAGCGCUCUUCGUCAACGAGCGCAUUGAUCGGGAGGCGCUGUGCGAGCAGCGGCCUCGCUGCCUGCUCAGCCUGGAAGUGCUGGCGCACAACCCCGUGGCGGUGAGCGCCGUUGAGGUGGAGGUACUGGACAUCAACGACAACUCACCGCGCUUCCCGCGGCCCGACUACCAGCUUCAGGUAAGCGAAUCGGUGGCGCCUGGAGCGCGCUUUCACAUAGAGAGCGCGCAGGACCCCGACGUGGGCGCCAACUCGGUGCAGACUUACGAGCUCAGCCCCAGCGAGCAUUUCCAGCUGGACCUUAAGCCCCUGCAGGAGAACAGUAAGGUGCUGGAGCUGGUGCUGCGGAAGGGCCUAGACCGGGAGCAAGCAGCUUUGCACCACCUGGUUCUCACAGCCGUAGAUGGGGGUAGCCCAGCCCGCUCGGGUACGGCGCAGAUCUCUGUGCGUGUCCUGGACACUAACGACAACUCUCCGGCCUUCGACCAGUCCACCUAUCGCGUCCAGCUGCGAGAGGACGCGCCCCCAGGCACAUUGGUGGUGAAGCUGAAUGCCUCAGACCCAGACGAGGGAUCCAAUGGUGAGCUCAGGUACUCCUUGAGCAGCUACACGUCGGACCGGGAGAGGCAGCUUUUCAGCAUCGACGCCAAUACUGGGGAAGUGCGAGUAAUUGGGGCACUGGAUUAUGAGGAGGCCUCCUCCUACCAGAUCUAUGUGCAGGCAACUGACCGGGGUCCAGUGCCCAUGGCAGGUCACUGCAAGGUGCUGGUGGACAUCGCGGACGUGAAUGACAAUGCACCAGAGGUGGUGCUCACAGACCUGUACAGUCCAGUGCCUGAGGAUGCUGCACCCAACACAGUUGUGGCCCUUCUCAGCGUCAACGACCAAGACUCAGGCCCCAACCGGAAAGUGAGCCUGGGCCUGGAGUCCACACUGCCUUUCCGACUGAAUGGCUUUGGAAACUCCUAUACACUGGUGGUGAGUGGCCCACUGGACCGGGAGCGGGUGGCUGCCUACAAUAUCACAGUGACAGCCACUGAUGGGGGAAUGCCACAGCUCACAUCCCAGCGGACACUUCGGGUUGAGAUUUCAGACAUCAACGACAAUCCACCGAGAUUCCUGAAGGACUCCUAUUCCGUCUACAUCCAGGAGAACAAUUUGCCAGGGGUGUUGCUCUGCACUGUGCAAGCCACAGACCCAGAUGAAAAGGAGAAUGCAGAGGUGACUUACUCCCUCCUGGAGAGGGAGAUUCAAGGGCUGCCAGUCACCUCCUAUGUCUCCAUUAACAGUGCCAGUGGCAGCCUUUAUGCUGUCAACUCCUUUGACUAUGAGAAGUUUCGGGAGUUCUUUGUGACGGUGGAGGCCCAGGACAAGGGGAGCCCACCACUGAGCAGCACUGUGACUGCCAACGUGUAUGUGGUGGACACAAAUGACCAUGCCCCUCACAUUCUAUACCCUACCUCAACCAAUUCAUCAGCAGCCAUUGAGAUGGUGCCUCGAACUGCCCCUGCUGGCUACCUGGUCACCAAAGUUAUAGCCAUGGACUCAGACUCCGGGCAAAAUGCUUGGCUCUUUUACCAUCUAGCCCAGACUUCUGACCUGGACCUCUUUAAAGUAGAGCUGCACACAGGAGAAAUUAGGACUACCAGGAAGUUGGGUGAUGAGAGUGGUACCACUUUCAACCUGACUGUGGUGGUCCGAGAUAAUGGAGAGCCACCACUGUCAGCCUCUGUGGCCAUUACAGUGGCUGUGGUGGAUAGGGUUUCCAAAAUCCUCCCUGACACUCAGAGACAUGUUAAGAGCCCUCGGACAUACUCUGAAAUUACACUUUAUCUAAUAAUAGCAUUAAGCACAGUGUCUUUUAUAUUUCUUUUGACAAUCAUUGUUUUGAGCAUCAUCAAGUGCUACCGCUACACUGCAUACGGCACUGCAUGCUGUGGAGGCUUCUGCGGCGUGAGGGAGCGGAGCCCCGCAGAGCUGUACAAACAGGCCAACAACAAUAUCGACGCCAGGUUGCCGCAUGGCCUCAAAGUGCAGCCUCACUUCAUCGAAGUUCGAGGGAAUGGCUCCCUCACCAAGACCUACUGCUACAAGGCCUGUCUGACAGCAGGCUCAGGGAGUGACACUUUCAUGUUUUACAACACAGGGGCCCAGACAGGACCAGGGCCUGGGGGAGCCCAAGCAGCAGUGACUGACAGCAGGCACCUCACAGGCCAAAGUGGGCAGAGUGCUGGGAACCUGAUUAUUCUCAAAAACGAGGCUGUUUCUCAAAAUGAGCCACGACAGCCCAACCCUGACUGGCGUUACUCUGCCUCCCUGCGAGCAGGCAUGCACAGCUCUGUGCACCUGGAGGAGGCUGGCAUUCUACGGGCUGGUCCAGGAGGGCCUGAUCAGCAGUGGCCGACAGUAUCCAGUGCGACACCAGAACCAGAGGCAGGAGAGGUGUCCCCUCCAGUCGGUGCUGGUGUCAACAGCAACAGCUGGACCUUUAAAUACGGACCAGGCAACCCCAAACAAUCCGGUCCCGGUGAGUUGCCAGACAAAUUCAUUAUCCCAGGAUCUCCUGCAAUCAUCUCCAUCCGGCAGGAGCCUACUAACAGCCAAAUUGACAAAAGUGACUUCAUAACCUUCGGCAAAAAGGAGGAGACCAAGAAAAAGAAGAAAAAGAAGAAGGGUAACAAGACCCAGGAGAAAAAAGAGAAAGGAAACAGCACGACUGACAACAGUGACCAGUGAGGUCAUCGAAUGGAAACAAGCCACUUAGCCAGUUUUUGUAAUAAUGGCAAAUCUCUUCCAUGUAGCAACUCCCUGCUCCUUUUUCCUAUCUACAUGAGCCCACUUAGAGACCUCAGAAAUCUGCAGAAAGUUCCCUGUGUUUGUCUAGAUCGCAUUUAACAGGUUUUGUCUUUAAAGCUUUACUAAGUCUGGUGUUAACUCUUUCUCUCCACUCUGGCUUGUUUUCAGAACCUAAAAAGCAGACCCAAGUUUCCUUUCUCCUCCGCCGCAAAGGAGAGGCUUCCCAGCCCCGCCAGUGAGAGGUUGGACUCUCUGCCCUGUGCUCCGGGGAUCCUGUCUUGAUGACACUUGCAGGGCAGGCUGAAAGGUUUUCAGAUUGAGCAGCUUGGGUGUUUGUGGCCACUGGGAAUGUGUGGCCACUGCAGGUAUGCGAGUGCCAGAUAUUGGCUGUGAUGGGCAGAUUAGGCUAGGUGGUACAAGAAGGGCUGAGAAACAAAUGCAAAUAAACAGUGUGAGUUAUUAGUCUGGAGGGGACAUGUGAAACUAAGAGGGACCAGACUUUCUAAAUCUUAUGACUCAAGAGGUGGUGGCCACCCUUUAGGAGACAAAACUACCCCCACUGACAAGGCUUUAGGAGUCCCUAAAGUCUGUUGGCUGUGAUGUAAUAACAUCAUACCUAAAACCUGCAUUAUACCUGCAAGCCAACAGUUCAGUGUUUAACAGAGGGCCAGCCAGGGCGACAGAAGCAGAUCUGAUGUGUUUUCUAUAUAUGUCCUGUGCUCACUUUAUUAAAAAUUCUUUUGCACACGAUGUUUAUGAAAAGGCCAGAUCCUUUUCCAACAAUACAUAUGCAAAAGCAAAAGAAAAAAGAAAACCCCAAACACCUCACCUUAUGCUGUUUGUUGUUUGAUAGAUUUAUUUAAAAAAAAACAGAAAGUCUAUAGCUAUAAGUCUUUAAAGAGAAAUAUGAUGAAUACAAUUCCCCUAAACUCUCCUUAAAAGAGAAUUCAGUCUACAGCCAUUUAAAUGAUCAUUGCUGCUACAGAAGUGCUUUAAGAGAAUUGCCUGAAACAUCUGUAUUAUAUCGGCCACCUGCCAAUCAAAGCUUUACUCUUUCAGGUCACUCUGGGGCUGCCUCUUGCAUGUAUUAAUUAUUAAAUAAAAGAAUCUUUCUCUCUCUCUUUUCUAAGAAACAAUUAUGUGCACUUUGAAUACACAACCUUCUCUAACCAACUAUAUCAAGACCCAGAAAUUGAAGAAAAAUAUUGUUUUCUCGUACAUACAGUGAGCAGACUUUUCAAUCCUCUAAUUCUGUGAUUUGUCUUGGUGUGCUAGCCUACACCUUCUCUUUGGUUUAGUUUUCCUUUUCUAUAACACUCUGAAUUGCUAAUCUUACUAACACCUAUGAUGUUACCUGAAAUCAAUCUCCCAUAUGUAUGCUGUAUGCUAUUAUAAGACUCCUGAAAUAUACUUACUCUGUGCUUGUGUAUGUGAAUGUUAAUGCAACUAUUACCUAGAGUGAACUUUAAGCUUUAUUGUUGAAUGUAAUUCCAUUAUAUUUCCUUUUGUACACCUGUGAAAAAGUGGAGUAGUGUUUUUUUAACCAUUGUUAAUCAGCUUUUGUGUAUGAAAGACACAGUAAAAUUUCUUUCUUAAAUCAAGAUACUGGUGAUUCAAGGAAUUUUAUUUAUGGUCCAGCCAAGAGCCAUCUCUUGCCAAGACUCCUGCUGGCAAGGGAAUGGAUAAAGCUGUUUUUUUCUAGUAACAAUUUUGGAAUGAAUACUGAAAAUAUUCCCGAGGUGUGCAAGCACAAAUUUUACCAAUCUGACCUCCUUGAAGUUGCAGAAUGCUUUGAAAUUCUAGUGAUAUCUGGAAUAUCAGCUCAUAGAAAAUAAUAAAAUUUAAUGUUACUUUAAAUAAGACAUUUUAAUUUUGUUAUAAUGUACGAUUUAGAGGUUUGAUUAAUUAUAUUAUCUAUUUAAACAUAUAAAAGAAGUAGGAGUCUGUUAUUUUAAAAAAAAGCAUUAAAUCUAAAAAAAACUGUCUUGUCUACUUUUAGCUUCAUUCUCCCAUAUUUUGAAGGGUGUGUAACUUCAGCUCUGCAGGAUUGCAUGGGGUAAAACUUAUUGCCAACACAUGUGAACCAUUGCUACAUUGUAGGUUGUGAUCAUUUUGCCCCACUGAAGCCCAUGUAUCUGACCUUACGUGCCUUUUGAACUAGGAGAAUCGGGCUAAUUUAUUAAUGGAUGAUAAUUAUAAUGUACCUGUACAGCACUUUUUACAUUUGUGAAGUGCUUUCCAAUCCAUGUUAGUUACUAGUUAUUACAGCUGUAAGGAUAAAACACAUCAUGUGGAUUCAUUUUGAAUUGGUGCUAUUGGUAUUUCCUCUGUUAUUGCUAAUAAAUGGAAAAUGGUGGUA